GUAAACAUUGUGGGCACCACCACCACCCAUUCUCUCUCUAGAUUUCCCUCUUAUGUUACCUCUUCCUCUCUCUCUACGAAACAACGGCGCAAUCGAACUCUCUCCCUCCCCCCUCUCUCUUCCCCCAUUUCUCCAGUUGUCUCUAUUUCAUAAGCCUCCUUUUCUUCAUAGUUUUCUGUUGAAACUUGAAUUUGUUUGAUAGAAAGACUGAGAAUUUUGAUCGAAACUAUCAUCAUUUCCCAUUUACUCUCUCUCUUUCAAUUUGUUUUCUUUUUUGUUCAUUUCGUUCUAACUCGGGUGGGUGGACCUUAGCUACUACUCACUUCGGGUUUCUGUGCUUGCUUGCCGGUUUACGCGGCGCAAGUUAGCCGGGUCUUUUAUUUUUUUUUUUUCUGUGGGAAAAAAAUCUGCUUUUUUUUUCUUUUUUUGUUAUGGGUGGUGGGUUUUUGGAGUUGUUGUCAUAGAUUAUUAAAAAAAAAUCAUUUUCUUUUGUUGGGGGCGUAUUUGAAAUUAUAAUUAAUAUUUUUAUGGGGAUUUGGUUCUGGGUUUUCUCUGUUUCUUCUAAUGGAAGAUGUGGGUGAGGAGUUUAGGAGGACUGUACUUCCUUCUUAAAUGGUCUGAUGAAUUUUUCGGACUAAUGGCUGCUCAAGCAAGAAGAAGACGAAGAAGAUGGUCUUUGAGUUAAACUCUCCAUACUGCAUGUGGGAAAAGGGAAAUGAGCUUUAAAGACUGUUGUUAUACAGUUACAAUUCGAUCAAAAUUAGCUAGAGGAAUUUUCUUCAGAACGAUUCAAUCAGAUAUCUUGAGCGUGUAAAUGGAUUGAAGUAGUGUAAUUAGAUGCAAUGUUAAUAAGAACAUUAGCAUCUGGGCUGUUGAUUUCCUCCAUUCUCAUAUCAGUUUCGGCUUCCGGAGCUGAUAAUGAGUAUCCCAGAUGUAAUUGUGACGAUGAAGGAAGCUUAUGGAGCAUUGAGAGUAUUUUAGAAUGCCAGAGAGUGAGCGAUUUCUUAAUCGCGGUUGCCUAUUUUUCGAUCCCCAUUGAGCUACUUUACUUUGUUAGCUGCUCCAAUGUGCCAUUCAAAUGGGUUCUCUUUCAGUUCAUUUCCUUUAUUGUGCUUUGUGGGAUGACACAUUUGCUUAAUGGGUGGACUUAUGGCCCUCACCCUUUUCAGCUCAUGCUGGCUCUCACUGUCUUCAAGAUUCUCACUGCUCUGGUUUCGUGUGCUACUGCCAUAACUCUCAUCACUCUCAUCCCUUUGCUUCUAAAAGUUAAGGUGAGAGAAUUCAUGUUAAAGAAGAAAACUUGGGACCUUGGCCGAGAGGUUGGGAUGAUAAUGAAGCAGAAAGAAGCUGGUUUACAUGUGAGGAUGCUUACUCAUGAGAUUCGGAAGUCACUUGAUAGGCAUACCAUUUUGUACACUACCCUUUUCGAGCUAUCUGAGACUCUGGGCUUGCAGUACUGUUCGGUUUGGAUGCCUAAUGAUAAUAAGACUGAAAUGGUUCUGACUCAUGAAUUGAAAGGGAGAAAUUAUUCCAAUUUGUAUAAUGUUUCAAUACCCAUUGGUGAACCUGAUGUUGUGAGGAUCAAAGGAAGUGAAGUUGUGAAUAUUCUUAGUCCGGACUCAGCUCUUGUUGCUGCGAGGAGUGGAGAGACUGGUGAGCCAGGGCCGGUGGCUGCAAUCAGGAUGCCAAUGCUUCGGGUUUGCAACUUCAAAGGUGGAACUCCUGAGCAUAUUCAGGCUUGCUAUGCAAUUUUGCUUUUGGUUCUUCCUGGCGGACAGCCUAGAUCUUGGAGCAGCCAGGAACUUGAGAUAGUAAAGGUAGUCGCUGAUCAAGUGGCUGUGGCACUUUCUCAUGCUGCAGUUCUUGAGGAGUCUCAACUCAUGAGGGAGAAAUUGGCUGAGCAGAAUCGAGCAUUGCAACAGGCAAAAAGGAAUGCUAUGUUAGCAAGCCAGGCAAGAAAUUCGUUCCAGAAAGUAAUGAGUAAUGGGAUGAGAAGGCCAAUGCAUUCUGUCUUAGGUUUGCUCUCGAUGCUGCAAGAUGAGAGUCUGAGCAAUGAGCAGCGAACUAUUGUUGAUGCCAUGGUGAGAACAAGCAAUGUUCUAUCGACCUUGAUAAAUGAUGUCAUGGAUAGUUCUACAAAAGAUAGUGGAAGAUUUUUAUUGGAAACGAGGUCCUUUAGUUUGCAUGCCCUAAUAAAAGAAACAGCUUGCCUUGCCAAAUGCUUAUGUUUGUACAGGGGUUUCAGUUUUGCUGUUGAUGUUGAGAAGUCUUUGCCUGAUUAUAUAAUGGGCGAUGAGAAAAGGGUUUUUCAGGUGCUUUUGCAUAUGAUUGGAAGCCUUUUAAAUGGGAACAAGGAAGGGGGGUUGGUCAUACUCAGAGUUUUUCCAGAGAGUGGAAGUCAGGGAAGGAGUGACCAAAAAUGGGCAGCCUGGAGGCAUACUGAUGGGGAUGUACAUAUCAGAUUUGAGAUUAGGGUCAGUGAUAGUGGUUUUCUAUUAGACGGGUCAGUAUCAGCAGCACCACCCAUCGAUAGGAGAUACGUGAAUGAUGGAAUUGAGGAGCGUUUGAGCUUCAGCGUUUGCAAAAAACUUGUGCAGAUGAUGCAAGGGAACAUUUGGGUAGCCCCAAGCUCUCAAGGAUUUACUCAGAGCAUGGCACUGGUUCUUAGGUUUCAACUGAGACCGUCCAUUGCAGUAGCAAUCUCUGAACCAGGAGGAUCAUCAGAGCACCCGCUUUCCAACUCUCUUUUCAGUGGGCUGCAAGUUGUGGUAGCCGACGACGAUGAUGUAAACAGGGUUGUUACCAAGAAGCUGCUUGAAAAGCUAGGGUGUACUGUAACAGCUCUUGCUUCUGGGUUUGAAUGCCUGAGCGCUAUUAGCCGAGCUGGAUCACCAGUCCAAAUCAUAGUGCUAGAUCUCCACAUGCCUGAGUUGGAUGGUUAUGAAGUUGCAAGUAGAAUUCGCAAGUUUCGAAGCCGUAGUUGGCCAUUAAUCAUCGCCUUAGCCACGAGCGACGACGAUGCUGUGUGGGAUAGAUGUAUUCAGAUUGGUAUCAACGGUGUCAUCCAAAAACCAGUAGUGCUGCAAGGUAUUGCGAAUGAGCUAAGGAGAGUUCUGUUGCAGGCAAACAAAGUUGUGUAAAGAAGCAGCAGCAGCAGCAGCAAAGAGUUAAUUGGUAUUCUGUUUGAGGGCUCUUUCAAAGUCCCCCAAUUAGAUGGUGCACAAAACAUUCAACAGAAUGGUAUACGAGCUAGCUCCCUUUCAUUAUUAUUACUAUUAUUAUUAAAAGAAAAUUAAUGUGUUUGAGCAUAUUGUUAUAAUUACAUAGAGUAGUUUCAGGUUUGAUAACAGUAUCAAAGUUGUCAUAGGGCACCCUUUCUAAUGUUUAAAGAGAGGAAAAAAAGAAAAAGAAAGAAAAGAUGGUUUGAAAAGAAAACCUUAUGGAAUUGAUGUCAAA